AAUCUAAGACUGCACUGGGAGCUCAGAGAGUGGGCUCCCCUGCCUCAGGACCAGGCAAAGUAGGGACAUGCUUGAAUAUCCCAUUUAAAACCACUCUGCACGCACGGGAUUGCGCAGCCUAGAGACGGAGGGAGGGAAGGAAGGACAGAGAGCAGAGCUUAGAACUCGGGUCCUCGGGUCCUCGGUGGAGAGGAGGAAGCAGCCCACGCGGGACAGGGCCUCCCAGGCUCUGUACCGACAGCAUGAGUUUCCCGCGAGGCUCCCACGAUCGGUCCGUGGGCAACUCCAGCCCGUGGUGGCCUCUAACCACUGAGGGCUCCAACAGCAGCCAGGAGGCAGCCGAGCUUGGGGAAGGUGACAGCCCGCCGGGGGACGUACGCAAUGAGGAGCUGGCCAAACUGGAGAUCGCUGUGCUGGCAGUGAUUUUUGUGGUGGCUGUGCUGGGCAAUAGCAGUGUGCUGCUGGCGCUGCAUCGCACGCCACGCAAGACAUCCCGCAUGCACCUCUUCAUCCGACACCUCAGCCUGGCAGACCUGGCGGUCGCCUUCUUCCAAGUAUUACCGCAGCUAUGCUGGGACAUCACCUACCGCUUCCGCGGGCCAGACUGGCUGUGCCGCGUGGUGAAGCACCUGCAGGUGUUUGCCAUGUUCGCGUCUGCCUAUAUGCUGGUGGUGAUGACCGCCGACCGCUACAUCGCUGUGUGCCACCCGCUCAAGACCCUGCAGCAGCCGGCGCGCCGCUCGCGCCUCAUGAUCGCCGCCUCUUGGGUGCUGAGUUUCAUACUAAGCACGCCACAGUACUUUAUCUUCUCUGUGAUCGAAAUCGAGGUGAACAAUGGCACUAAAACCCAAGACUGCUGGGCUACCUUCAUCCAGCCCUGGGGUACCCGCGCCUACGUGACCUGGAUGACCAGCGGCGUCUUCGUGGCACCUGUGGUCGUCUUGGGUACCUGCUAUGGCUUCAUCUGCUACCACAUCUGGCGCAACAUCCGCGGAAAGACAGCGUCCUCGCGACAGAGCAAGGGUGACAAGGGCUCUGGGGAAGCCGUGGGUCCCUUUCAUAAGGGGCUUCUGGUUACACCUUGUGUCAGCAGCGUGAAGAGCAUUUCCCGCGCCAAGAUCCGCACUGUGAAGAUGACCUUUGUGAUUGUAAGCGCCUACAUCCUUUGCUGGGCGCCUUUCUUCAUUGUCCAGAUGUGGUCGGUCUGGGAUGAGAAUUUCAUCUGGACUGAUUCGGAAAACCCUUCCAUCACGAUCACGGCGUUGCUGGCUUCCUUGAACAGCUGCUGCAACCCGUGGAUAUACAUGUUUUUCAGUGGCCAUCUCCUGCAAGACUGCGUCCAAAGUUUCCCAUGCUGCCACAGCAUGGCGCAGAAAUUCGCCAAGGAUGACUCCGACAGCAUGAGCCGCAGACAGACUUCUUAUUCUAACAACCGAAGCCCAACGAACAGCACUGGGAUGUGGAAGGACUCGCCCAAAUCUUCCAAAUCCAUCAGAUUCAUUCCCGUCUCCAAUUGAGCCGCACAUCCAUGCAGCCCGACUCUUGGGACUUUUGUGUCCAGCUAGAGAUCGUAAGAGCAGAUGUGUUUAUGUGAGAUAGGCAGACAUAAAUCAACUCAGUGUAUACACUGUUCCUAGCUGUGUUUUUCCCAUUGCUGUGACCAAAACCUGAAUCCUUUUACAUAGAAUACUAAUGAAAAUGUGCUACACCAGAAAUGUGUAGGCCCGGUUCGCAAGCAUACUGACUUUAUAUUUUGUGGCUGAUUUUUUUUGUGUGUGUGUUUUAUUGUAUUUUUAUGUCCGAUGUAAGUGAGGCUUUGACGUGGUAAGCACUGUUUCUAAACAAAGUGAACUCGUUCAUGAUUUAAAGACCAGCGUUGCUGUCCGUCUGUACGUUUGUCACAUAAUAUCAUCAGGAGGUAUAGGAGGGUUGGGUGGAGGAUGGAAAGGAGGUAGCUUGGUACCUGGCAGUCCUUCCUUCACAGUCCUGAUGUUCUAUUAGUUCUGAAAAACACGCUCGCAAACAGGCCAAAGGUAUGAGGGAAUGCCGCGCUUUACAGAGGCAGAAGAGGGAAGACUUCUGCAGUCGUUCUUCUGGAAAUUUUAAACAUCCAUCCACCAGCCUCAUGCGGUAUUCUGUGCUACGCCAGAUGUUAACACUUAGUACCUAUUUGCUGAAUCCAGACUUAGAGAUUCUAAGUCUCCUAGAUAAUUCCGGACAUAAGAUACUCACAACAUGCUUGAUUUAAAACAGUUUAUUUAUUUCUUCCCAUCCACACAACAGGUCCAGAACACAGAGGGUGCAGAGCUGUGGAGAGAUGGGGAGAACAGACGGAAAGAGAGGGACUCUGAACCUUGUGCCAGCCCCUUCAUUAAUGUAUGACUUUCAGAAAGAUACUCAAAAAUAUCUGAAGCCUUGGUUCCUUGGCUGUACAACGGGCUUGAUAGCACUCACCUCACAGGGUUACUGUAAGGAUUAAAUAAAGUUAAAUGUGUGAAGA